AUGAUCGAGGAAUGCAUGCGGAUCUCGCUGGCCAUGCGCAAACAGGGCCGCUGGCCGUCCACAGGGGUGGCUGCAGUGUUUGCUGCUGCGGACUUCUACGGCGACGACGAGCCGCUUGUGACCCCGCCUCUACACACGCGGGCCACGGGAACCAUGGGCUCCGGGACAGGUGGGCCACUCCACGCCAGCUUCUUGCAGUUGCGCGCGAUUUUGGCGGAAACCGUGGACAUUCACGCGGUCGACAGCUUGACGCUCUUGCAGCCGUUCUUACUCACCAUUGAGCUGAGCCAGACGCUGGGCGGUGUGACAGCUUUGGCCCUCGACGUGGUGUCGCGCAUUUUGCGCUACCAAAUUGUGUCUCCCCACCUGCGCAAUGCUGCUGCACUGCUUGGCCAGUUGACAACAUCCUUGACGCGUUGCCGCUUCGAAGCCUCCGAUCAAAACCGCGACGAUGCCAUUCUCCUCAAGGUCUUGCGGCUUUUGGAGACAAUUGUUGUUGGUCCACUCUCUUCACUCUUAUCCAACUCUGUGGUUUCAGAGGUCAUCCAAACCUGCGUGUCUUUGGCAUGCAACAAGCGCCGCAGCGAAGUUCUCCGUCGCGCGGCAGAAAUGGCCACAGCUGCCAUGACUGUCCGUAUUUUUCUGCGUGUGCGCGAACUCGAGCCAGAACCGUCUAACGGCGAGGACAUGGCGCCGAACUUCGUCGACCUCCUGGGGCCCUUGCAUGUGACUGCCCCUGACCUGGACACUGUGGAGCAUUCACAUGAUCACACUGCUGAUCAAACACAUGAGAUUUCUCAAACCAGCCCAAAUCGUGGCUCAGAAGAGCUGCUUGCGGCCGACACUGUGAAUUUGGCGCCGCUAUCGCCGCGCAAAAUACCCGUAAAUGAUAUUCAUGAGCUGGAGCAGUUCGACAUACAGUGUAUCAAUGAGUUUUUGGGGCUACUCAUCUCCAUGAGCUCUCCUGCGAAUCAGUACCAACACAUGGAGUCCUCUCGUGUCUUCGCAUUGUCGCUCAUCAACAUCGCCGUCGAAGUCGCCGGCGACCAGAUUCCCCGCCAUCCUUCACUCAUGGCUUUGUUGGCUGAUCCAGUAUCGAAAGACGUACUGCAGAUUAUCUCCUCCACAGAUUCCGUUCCUCUUUUGCUGGAAGCACUUCGUUUGUUCUGCACCAUGGCCGUUGUGCUCAACAACAACCUCAAGGCGCAGAUAGAAUUGACGCUUAACCUCAUUUUCAAAUCGCUCUUACCUAACAAGUCCACUAUCGAUAAGAACAUCAAGGGCAACGCAACUUCCAUCUCGUUUCGGGGUCCGAUCUCUAAGGAGCUCAUCGUGGAGUCUUUAUCUUUCCUUUGGACGCGAUCGCCCCAGUUUUUUGCCCAGUUAUUCGUCGAAUAUGACUGUGACUCUGAAAAAUCGGACCUAGCAAACACUUUCGUAGACUUCUUAUGCGAACUUGCUCUUCCAGAAAGUGCUAUCACAACGACUGAUAAUGUGCCCCCAAUCUGUUUGGAAGGUAUUCUCUCUUUUGUUUCGGGGAUCAACACACGCGCCAAGUCCUUGCCUUCACAUAGGGCAAACUGCAGUGGGAAACACCAGUUGAUUGCCAAUAAAUUGCAAAAAAACUCGUUCAUAAAAUGCACUGAACUCUUCAACGAGAACCCAAAGAAGGGAAUUGUUGCUCUUGUCGAAGAAAAGUUUAUAAACGAUGCUAACGACGCAGUGGAAAUGGCGCAAUUCUUUUUCCAGAAAUCAGCCAGGCUCAAUAAGAAAGUUUUGGGAGAGUUCUUAGCUAAGCCAACAAACUCAGAAAUCCUAAAAGAAUUUAUGCUCUUAUUUGAUUUUGGUGGACUACGUGUUGAUGAAGGAUUGAGAAUUAUGCUCAAAUCGUUCAGGCUACCUGGUGAAUCUCAGCAGAUUGAACGCAUUGUUGAGCUUUUCGCAGAGGCUUUUGUGGCCUCUCAAACAACCGAAAACAACGUUGCUCCUGACGAACAUCCUGACAGAGAGCCUGUUUUACCCGACCGCGAUGCUGUUUUCAUCUUGUCAUAUUCCAUAAUUAUGCUCAACACGGAUUUACACAAUCCACAGGUCAAGAAACUGAUGGAUCUUGAAGCUUACCGCAGGAAUCUUAAAGGCGUCUACAAUGGAAAAGAUUUCCCGGAAUGGUACAUGGUGUGUAUCUAUAAUUCGAUCAGGGAUCGAGAAAUUAUAAUGCCAGAGGAACAUCACGGAACCGACAAAUGGUUUGACGAUGUCUGGCAUAAUCUCAUAUCAUCACAGUCUAACUGGGCCAGAGAUCAUGGAAACUCUGUUGAUGACUUCGACUCCGACACUCUAUGUGACUUUGACAAGCUUUUAUUCGAGUCUGUUGUGAAGAAAGUUGUUAGCACCUUAAUUCAGGUUUUCAAGGAGGCAUCUGAUGACAGCAUUAUUACAAAGUUGAUGUCUUCCAUUGAUAAAUGUGCAAAUAUCUGCAUAAUUUACAAUUUGGAGCCCGCAGCGAAUCAUAUGAUUAACCUGUUAUCCAAACUUACUACUUUAUGCCACGACUCCACCCUCAAAUCCCCAGAGGAUGACCAGUUCCGAGUUGAAAUUCCCAUCACUCAACUCAAAAUAGAACAAAAGCCUGACCCAAUAACUGUCAGUGAGCUUUCAGUUUAUUUUGGUAAAGACUUCAAGGCUCAACUUUCGACUGUGGUUCUUUUCAGAUUGAUCAAGAAGCCUAAUUGCAGAGUCUCAGACUCCUGGAAUUCAGUCAUUCGUUUGAUUUUGAACUUAUUCGAAAAUUGCUUGAUUGAACCGAAUUUGUUUGGUGACUUUCAAAAAAGGUUAAAGCUUCCACCAUUAACCAAGGUCAAACCAAGCUUUGUUAUUCAGAAGGUCAAGCCAUUAAAAGAAAGCGGUUUGCUCUCAACAUUUUCUUCGUUCUUGAAGAGCUAUUCGGACGAGGCUCCUGAACCCUCGGAUCAAGAAAUUGAAUCAACCCUCUCGACAAUUGAUUGUGUUCAAUCGCUCAAUAUUCCCGCAAUUUUUGACGUUGUUUCUAAAGGUGAGAAAGGACAAAUGAAGUUUUUUGUGCAGCUUUUAUCACUCAACCUUCCCAAAUACUCUAUGGAGAUCAAAAGAUACUUCGAAGCUGAAGUUCUCUUCAUGUUUGAAAUCAUGGUAUGUUUCACUUUGAUCACUGAAGAUGAUGACGCAAUUGAAUUGGUAACUCGUCGUCUCAUCGAGUAUCUUGAAUCUGCUCAUUUGACUAAGCUGGGGUCUAUCCGACUCAGCACAUACUUUUUCUUGCUUGUCAGAAAGAGUAAAGAGAAUCACCAAGAUCAAGUCACCAAGAUUAUCCAGAAUAUUCUUGCGUUUGAGCAACAAACCCUCUCAAAACAUGGAUCCUCAUUGGUACAGCCGCUUUUUUCUUUGGUUGACAAUGAAAGCCACGCGAGAAGCAUUUUUUGGAAUGAACCAUUCUGGAACUUGCUUAGAGCUUUGGGUUCUGUGAAAGCAUUCUCAAACGAUAUCUUGACUUAUACAGAAUCAGUAGUCCGACAGUCGUCGGAAAACAUCAGCAACGAAAACUAUUUGCCAAUAUUAGGUGUCCUAGAUGAAGUCUCUUCGUUGGGAGCCAUUGGUGCACAGUAUGAGCAGGACCAGAAUGUGCGCGAUAGCGACGAAGAAAUACACUCCAAUAAGGAGCUCAUCCUGAUUUCCAAGCGGAGCGUUUCUUUGACAGGCGAGUUGAGUUCUUCACAGCACCAAUUGACAUAUCCAUUAGUCCAGGCAUUGGCUCAUCAAUGUUUCAAUCCUUGUCGUGAAAUCAGGAGUCAUGCCCUCCGAAUCUUACAAAACACAAUCUCUUCGGGUCAAUUGACGGAAAAUUACACGGCAGAAGGUCUCUUCGAGUAUGGUAUUUUUCCCUUACUAACGGAGUUGCAGAAGAAAGAAACUCUCGAAACCGAUACUGGGGGAUUUGGGGAAACGCACCUGCAAGUCUUAAACUUGGGAAGUAAAAGUUUCUUGAGGUUUUACCCACUGCUACCAGCAGAUGUUGCGGAGAAUACGUGGCGCAGAUUAAUCAAAAAUUUUGCUGGAAUUAAUGAACUAUCUCCCGAAGUCAAAGAGCCUAGUCUUGAGGUGAUGAAAAAUAUGAUUUUGGUGUUGCAGCACGAUUUCCUAACCGUCGACAAGGAGGCUUUGUGGCAGGACACAUGGACAGUCCUUAACAAAUUGUUCCCUGGCCUUCAGGAAGAGGUUGCGCACAAGCCCAAUCCAUAG